GUUUGCGGAAUGUCAGUAUGUUUUAGGCAUACGCAGUGUACUCAAUACUAAUUUAUCUUUUUAGAGUAAAUAAUCAUCACGGUUUCGCGCACACGUUUUAUCACGUUCAAACCAAAAUUCUACGCUGCCGAUUUAAUGACAUGAAAAUAGUAUAUGCGUUAUAAAAUUGUUUUAUUCGUGUUGUUCUUAAAUCGGGAAACGAUAAUUAAUUAAGAUGGAAUCGAUAGAUAACUCGACUAAUACGGGUUCGGUUGAAAUUGGCACAACACAUUUACAAGCCCCCGCCGAGUCAGCGGUCGUACCUAGACCGUGUUCAGCUGUUGUCGUACGGAGUGCUUACAAGCAGUACAAUCAAACGGCCGUUCUAAAAGAUCUCAACUUGACCGUACCGGAUGGGAAAAUAUAUGGAUUACUCGGUCCGAGUGGUUGUGGGAAAACGACAUUAUUGAGUUGCAUCGUCGGAAGAAUUCGCUUGGACUCUGGCGAAAUUAAAUUAAAAGGAAAAUUUAUUUCUGAUAUUGGUUAUAUGCCACAAGAGUUGGCGCUACACGAAGAAUUAUCUAUUAAAGAAACAUUUAUUUACUAUGGAUACAUAUUUGAUUUAUCUCGGGAAACGAUAGAAAAAAGAGCUCGAGAACUCAAAGACUUGCUUGAAUUGCCUUGUUAUAGUCUUGUACUAAGUGAUUUGAGUGGUGGUCAACAAAGAAGAGUUUCACUAGCUGUUGCUAUGCUACACGAUCCAAAACUUUUAAUAUUGGAUGAACCAACGGUUGGUUUAGAUCCAUUAAUCAGUCAAAGUAUCUGGGAAUUGCUUAUCGAGUUGACGUCAAAAGGAAAAAAAACAGUUAUAAUAACAACUCAUUAUAUAGAAGAAGCAAAACAAUCACAUAUGAUAGGUCUAAUGAGAAAAGGUACAUUACUGUCAGAGGCAACGCCUACUGAACUUUUGACUUCUUGUGAUUGUUCUUACCUGGAAGAAGCGUUUUUAAAAAUUUGCCAAAGUCAUGUGGCUAAAACAAACAGUUUUAAAAUUCCUAUAAAACAACCUACAAGAAGAUUUUCCUACGCAAGAGAUUUGCCUCCACCGCCUUUAUUAAACAACAAAUUGUUCACGUUUGGUCGCUUUAAAGCGCAAAUUUGUAAAAACUUUUUUCUAUUAACCAGAAAUAUACCAUUUACGCUAUUUCUCGUAUGUUUGCCAAUCAUUCAAACGGCCAUUUUCAAUAUAACGUGUGGUCGCGAUCCCGAGAAAUUGGCCUUGGGCGUGUUUAACGAAGAAAUUUCUAACGGUUUCCACGCGUGUUCAAAAGUACAUGUAUCUUCAAACGGUUGUUUUUUGGACGGUAGGACGGCCGUUAGCUGUUUGAUGCUGGAAAAACUCAAAGAAAAAUCAUUUACACUCGUCGAGUUUUCCAAUAUACAAGACGGACGCAACGCAGUAGUUUCAAAUGAUGUGUGGGCAUUUAUUCACUUUUCAUCAAAUUUCAGCGGAAGCCUAGCAACCAAAAUCGUCACGGGAUCCGACGCCACAAAUGAUACUCUAACGUCGUCUACUAUUGUCGCGUGGGUCGACAGAGCUAAUAAAUACAUAAGUGAAAUGAUACAAAGGGAUAUACUGGAUAGUUACAGUAAUGUCAUUGAAAGUAUAUUAUUUACUUGUGGUAUUUCGAAAAAAAUAGGAUAUUCACCUCUUCAAAUACAGAAUCCAGUUUAUGGAAUUAAAAAUCCCAGUUUUAUACAUUAUGCGGCACCUGCUAUCAUUGCUUUGUGUGCAUUUUACCUUCCGGCUAUUUACACGGCAGCUGCUAUUUUAUCGGAAAAAGAGGGAGGAGUGAUUGAACGAGUCGUACUUUCGGGAAUGAAUUUCAUCGAAAUAGCUUUGGCUCACAUCACCGUUCAAAUAUUAUUCAUAGCUAUACAAACAUCGUUAGUGAUGAUCGUAAUGUUUGCGAUUUUCCAAAACCCGUUUGUCGGAGAUCCGUUUCCAGUAUUCGUGUUAUUGACAUUAAUAGGCGUUGGUGGCAUGUGUUUUGGAUUUUUCGAAGCCAUAUUAUGUAAGACAAUGACGGAGGCAGCGUUUUUGGGAAUAGGCACUAAUUUUUUGCUGAAAUUUUUAUGCGGAAUGAUGUGGCCAAUCGAGGGUAUACACUAUUUAUUACGGAAUGUCAGUUAUUAUUUACCUCUCACACUAUCCACGGAAUCAUUGAGAUCGCUAACAGCAAAAGGACUGAAAGUUAAUCAUCCAUCUGUAUACUUGGGAUAUAUGUCUAUAUUAUCGUGGAUCGUAGUGUUUUCACUGGUGUCGUAUUUGUUAUUGAAAAUAAAACGCGACGUUUGGACAAAAACAUAAAUUAAACAAUAAUAAUUUAGCUUGAGAUAUAAAUAUUCUUUACAAUUUUAUUAUAUUCUACAGUGAAAAAUACAGCUGUAUAGUCGUAUACAUUGUAUAUGUAUUAAACGUAUACAUUUAUACGGACAAAUGUUCAAUUUUAACAUACAUAAAUAAAUAAAGCUAGUGAGUAAAUAGGUUAGUAAAUGCUAAUAAAAUAUAAUAAUGGUUAAUUAGCAAAUGGUUGAUAGUAUAUGGACAGCAAUAAAAUUUAGAUAAAAAUAUAUAUCAUAUUAUACCAAUAAAAGUAGCAUAUAAAGAUGCGCAAAAUAUUUACAAUUAAAUACAUAGAAUUAUUAUAACAAUAAAACGAUUUGGUAUGACAAUGAGAAAAUAGUUAAGAUGAAUUGAACUGGCGAAUGAAAAAAAAAUUUUUGUUUCUAGUUGCGGUUAGUUACUUUAAAGUUUAACAAGCUUAAUAUACAUAUGUAUAAGAGUCAACAAUUUUAUUAUUUAAGAGUUUAAAGAGAAAAGAGAAAUUAUACGCAUUUUUAAUGACUCUAAGUGUAAUAUUCCUAGAACAUUCUUGUAACCAGUAUGAGGAGUUCUAUACAUAUAUAUAUAUAUAUAUAUAUUAAAUUUGUAGAAUAUAAAUAAAUGAAUUUAUUUUUG